AUGUCUGCCUACCCGCAGCCGCUCACGCGGACGAGCACGCGCACCGGGAGCGACGAAUCGGCCCCACUCGUCACGCCUUACGACGAUCUACCACUCCCCGGUGGAAAGGCUGCAGGACGGCAAAGCUACGCUCACGACGACGUGCAGAUCCGCGCGCCGUCCUCUUCGUCCAGCCACAGGGAGCCGGUGCGGAUCUGGCCGUCCCAGGACGCAGACGACGGGGCGUACUUUGCGCGUCCUCCAGGGCCAAGGCAAGCAAGACAGAUCGCGCCAAGCUCUGCGCCGGGGGCAGCGCUGGGGAGGAGGGGCACGACGAAGGACCUGAUCGGCCGCUUUGAGUCUAUGGAAGAUGCCCCGGGUGUGCGGCGAAGUCGGGCUGGCGCUGGCGCUGCGGACGGUGGGGUGGAGAGGGAGCGCACGGUGACGAAGGAUAAGGGGCGGUCGCCCAUCCGCCAGUCCUUCCGGAACUUGAUGUCGGUGUUCAAGAAAUCCAAGCCUGUGCAGCGGUCGGAGACACCUGCGACCCCUUCGUCGACGCUCGCGCUCCCCGGGACACGCUACAGAGAAGCCACUCCCUCCACGUCCUCGUCCCCGUCCCCGUCCCCGCACGCGUCUACAAGCCCCAGUAGACCCUCGCUUACCCUCCAGAUCCCUUCGCUAGCCCAAACCGACCCGCGCAACUGCGCUUCGCCCGUGUCCGCCCACACCGGCAAGCAAGGCACGCUACUCUACCUCGCGCACACUCCCAGCUCCGGAGCAGCGAGCGUCCCGCCCGUGUGGCUCGCGUGCGCUGCGCAGCUGCACACGACGCACAUCCUCGUCUCGUGGGGCACGCAAGGGGGCAACCCCGCCAGCCGGCUCGUGCCGUUCGGUGCGUGCACGGACGUGCGCUCGCUUGCGCAUUCGGAGCUCGCAGAAGAGGAGCGCGCGUUGCUGCCUACGCGGGGCGUGGGCACGCGGGCGGAGCUGAAGGUGUUCGAGCUGUUGUUUGAAGGGAGGGCGAGGGAGAAGUUCGCGGCGGAGGGAGUGCCGGAGAGGGCUGGUUGGGUGAGCGCAAUUUGGGACGCUGUGCUACUAGCACAGGAGAAUAGGAUCCGCUCUCCUGCGCCCUCGGAGCACACCUACAAGUCGCUCAUGGUGCCCGCCCCCAAGCCAACCGCGGCGCCAGAACCGCACAUCCACUCCCCGAAGCCCAGCAAGUGCGAGAGCCCGGCGACAGUCUCGCGCCUCUCCCAGGCCUCGACAUCCAGCGCGAACCGCGCCCUCCCUGCCCUGCCCCCCGACCCGGUCACCGCGACAGAACGCCCAGUCCUCCCGCGUCUCAACCUGCGCGACCUGCCUCCUGUCCAAGUCCGGCAGCUUUCCCUCCCCUCUGGGCUCUCCCCACUUCCUGCCCCGCCUGUGACGCCCACCAGCAUACGGGGCUCCUCGGCGUUCCUUUCCACUCCAGACAACCCGUCGCGCACGCAGAGUCCGUCGAUCCGGAACCUCGAUCAGCGCUCGGUCGUGAAGCAGCGGCUCGCGCAGAUCCAGCAUGCGGCGGCAGAGACACGCGCCGCGAGCAGCAGCCCCAUAUCGCCGUCGACGCGCCGCUGGGAGCUGAGGGACUCGCCAAGGAUGUUGAGGAUGGAGAGUCGGACGGGGAGCGCGGCGGCGUCGAUUCUGAACUCGUAUGCGGAUGCGUACCCGCGCACGGAGGCGGAGUCGCCGCGGUCGGUGUUUUCUGGGGGGUUGACCACUAGGCCGCCAAGUUUGGAUGGGUCGCCGCCGCCGAGGAUUAGCGCGUUUAGCCGGAAGGACAGAGGAGGGAGUGGGAUGCUCGAGAUCCCGAAAAGGGAGGAAACACUGUUCUCGCCUGCCUCCAGAUACUCCGACGACGGUGGCGCAAGCGCGAGCGGCGAGGAGACCAAGGGCGCGGCGUCGCCAAUACGCAGUGCACUCGAGGGAUUGGCGGCACCGGUUCCUCAGUCGCACGGGUCUCCAACUCCGACCCCGUAUACGCUGCAGGAUGCUCCUCUAGAUUCUGGGAACAAGACAACUUUAGAAGUCAUCCGCGAACGCGUUGAAGGACUGAGAGGGCGCUCGGUGACGGAUAGCACCAACAUCGUCAAUGUCCGCACGAAAGUCGACGAAGUACUGACGGAAGUUCGCCGUCUUCGUUCAGCGGAAGGCGGCACAGGAGCUCUCGUGACCGCCAAGCUGGACGAAGUGCAAGUAGACAUCAAGGGCGACCUCUCUAGGCUUCAAGGCUUGAUGGAGAAUCUGAAGAAUGCUGGUACGACACCAGACGUCGCAGAGCUACACGGCAAACUGGAUGGUCUGCUGCGGUUGUGUCAAAACAAGAACGGCGAAACGGGAGAGACACUUGCCGCAACGACCGAGCUUGCAGAGGUUGUAACACUGCUGAAAGAUGCAGAGGAACAGCGCGUCACCCAGAUGGAGCAGCAAACCGACAGCAUUCGCUAUCUCAAUCAACUCAACACAUGGCUCGAAGCGUUCGUGAACCACGGUACAUCCCAGAUCGAAGGCGUAGCAGUUGGAGUCCAGCAACUCUGUCAAACGCUCGGGCCCGUUUCAGAGUUACAGGACAUCCCGCAAGACGGCGAGGCGCCUCCAGGCAACCUCUUGUCGGAUAUACGAAGGCUGCUGGUCCAACACCAGGAACGGGACGAGCAUACGGCCACUUUGCACACAUCGGUGAAUGGCCUCGUAGCUGCCGUGCAAGAAGAUAUGCGCAGGAAUGCAGAGGCCCGCAACCAAAUAACCACCGAAUCUGUUACAGGAAUGAUCGACCGCCAACGGAUGGACCAAGAACGGAUGCUAAAAUCAAUGGCCACAGAAUUGACCAACGAGAUACGGGGGGAGAGGCUGAGGUUCGUCGAAGCGAUGCAGGAGGCGACCGCGAUCAACGUGCAGACCCACGUCGAAGAGUUUAAGAAGGAACUCACCAGAGAGGUGAUGCUCAUGACGCAGGAAGUGACGCGCCUCCAGAGGGAGAGACAGGGUCUCGAACAGCAGAUCGCGGACCUCUUCGCAUUCUAUGCCAAGCAGCAGCAAGCCGGCAAGACGGAGGACGCAUGCCGGGUGCAGUUCAGGCGAUGCUUGCUCCCCAGCAGCCCAUUGCGCUGA